CUGCUGCUGCUGCUGCUGCUGCUGUUGCCGCCGCCGGGGCGGGCGGCGGGGAAGGGGAGGAGAACGCGGGGCGCCGCCGCUGCGCCCCGCCCCGCCGCGCCCCAUGGUGCCGGCGCGGGCGCGGGGUUGAGGCAGAGGCUGCGAGGGCGGUGGGGCGCUCACACCCCGCGCCCGCCGCCGCCGGGCAUGGAGGGCGCCGAGGCGGCCGCCUGCGGUAGCAGCAGCCCCGCGCAGCCCCGCUGCUCCUCCUGCGGCUCCGGGCCGGCCGGCGGCGGCGGCGAGGCGGCGGCAGCGGCAGCGGCAGCGGCAGCAGCAGCAGCAGCGGCCAUGGAGGAGCCGCUCGGGGAGGCUCCGUCUCCGGAGGUAACGGCGACGAGGAAGCAGCAGGGGGUGAAGCGGCAUCACCACAAGCACAACCUGAAGCAUCGCUACGAGCUGCAGGAGACCUUGGGCAAAGGCACCUAUGGCAAAGUCAAGCGGGCCAUCGAGAGGUUUUCUGGCAGAGUGGUUGCAAUAAAAUCCAUUCGUAAGGACAAAAUUAAGGAUGAACAAGAUAUGGUUCACAUCAGACGGGAGAUUGAGAUCAUGUCAUCCCUCAGCCACCCUCAUAUCAUCACCAUAUAUGAAGUGUUUGAAAAUAAAGAUAAGAUUGUGAUCAUCAUGGAGUACGCAAGCAAGGGAGAGUUAUAUGAUUACAUCAGUGAGAGGCGGCGAUUAAGCGAGAGAGAGACAAGACACUUCUUUCGGCAAAUAGUCUCUGCUGUACAUUACUGCCACAAGAAUGGUGUUGUCCACAGGGACCUAAAAUUGGAAAACAUCCUUCUUGAUGACAAUUUUAAUAUUAAGAUUGCUGAUUUUGGACUCUCCAACCUUUACCACAAAGACAAGUUUCUGCAGACCUUUUGUGGAAGCCCACUGUAUGCUUCCCCUGAAAUAGUUAAUGGACGACCUUACAGAGGCCCAGAGGUUGACAGCUGGGCCCUUGGUGUAUUGCUUUACACUCUGGUUUAUGGAACGAUGCCCUUUGAUGGCUUCGAUCACAAAAAUCUCAUCAGGCAGAUCAGCAGUGGAGAGUAUCGUGAGCCAACACAGACCUCAGAUGCUCGUGGUCUUAUCAGAUGGAUGCUGAUGGUGAACCCUGAACGUCGAGCAACCAUUGAAGACAUUGCCAACCACUGGUGGGUGAACUGGGGCUACAAGAGUAGUGUUUGUGACUGUGAUGCUAUGAGGGACUCCGAGUCCCCAUUGCUGGCAAGGUUCAUUGACUGGCAUCACCGUUCUACUGGCCUCCAACCAGAGACCGAUACCAAAAUGAAGUGCCUUUCUAAGCCCAAAGUUCCUGAAGUCACACUAGAGAGACAAAGGUCUCUGAAAAAAUCAAAAAAGGAAAAUGACAUUGCACAGUCCAUCCAGGAAGGAGGAGUUGAAAAUGCAUCCAAACCCACCUCCAAGAGACCCAAAGGCAUCCUGAAAAAAAGGAGCAACAGCGAACAUCGAUCUCACAGUGCAGGUUUCAUUGAAGGAGUGGUCAGCCCAGUGUUACCCUCUGCUUUUAAGCUGGAGCAAGAGUUGUGUAGGACUGGCAUAGCCAUUAAAAGUGUUGUGGAGGGAGAGGUAGUGGGUAAAUAUGGCACUAAGCAGUCUUCACUAAUGCCAAAAAAAGGAAUAUUAAAGAAGACUCAGCAGAGGGAGUCCGGCUAUUACUCUUCUCCAGAACGAAGUGAAUCUUCUGAGCUCUUGGACAAUAAUGAUGAGACAGUAAAUAGUGACACAUCUCCGGGGGUCACUGAGCCAUCCAGAAAUGGGUCUUACAGCCAUUCCUGCAGGCGUAAGGGCAUCUUGAAACAUAACAGCAAGUAUUCUACCAGCAGCACUGAAUCUGCUUUGAUUAGCCCUGACACACCAACGCUGGAGGCCAUGGAAGAAGUGGUCCUGCCUGGGGAUGCCUUACCUCGAAGUUACAGUCGCCCCUCCAGCGUGAUUAGCGAUGACAGUAUUUUGUCCAAUGACUCCUUUGAUUUGCUGGAUUUGCAAGAGAACAGGCCAAACAGACAGAGGAUACGGAGCUGUGUCUCUGCUGAAAAUUUCCUCCAGAUCCAAGACUUCGAAGGACUUCAGAACCGACCACGGCCACAGUACCUAAAGCGUUAUCGCAACCGUCUGGGGGACAGCAGUUUUUCCCUUCUCACAGACAUGGAUGACGUGACUCAGGUCUACAAGAAAGCCCUAGAGAUCUGCAACAAGCUCAACUAGCAGAGGGAAGAUGGAAAGGGAGGGAAGGGAGAUUUUCUGUGUACCUUUGUGAUGGAGUAAGCCAGGUCACUGAUUUGCUGACAGUGGUAGGUUUUGCUUCGAAGGAGCUGGCUGGACCUUCUUAGCUGAACUCCUAGUAAAAUAGCCCCAAAGCCAUCUCACACUUCUCUAAUUUUGUGUCCUCAAAAUAUUACCUACCUGACCAGAGAAAAAUCUUUGGUCUUUUCGUAUACUUGGUGAAAGCACAUCAGGAUCUAGCAGACAAAUGCAUCGAGAUUUGAUAGCUCAAAGUCAAAGCUAGACAGAAUUAAAACUGGAAGUGAGUGACACAUGUUUUGGGAGGUUUGUAAUUGAUAGUAGAUUAGCUUUAUCAAGAGAUGAGCUGAAUUCUUCAAGUCAAAUUUGGAUGUCUUUUAGAAAGAGAGCGUUUGUUUCUCCCUGAAAUUAUUCAUCUGGAUACAGUCAUUGCACGUUGGGAACCUUUGGCUAGCAUUAUGCGGGAGGCCUGGCUAGGUGGUCGCCAAGGUCCCUUCCACCAAGGUGACAUGAGAGGUUCUGGGUGCGUUCUGAGACAGAUAAUUUGAGAGACUCACCCUAGAAUAACCUCACGAAGUCUAUGUGAACAAGCAGUGGAGCAGGCAUUCACAUCUGACCCCUCCCUAAGCCAUUGCUCUUCAGCAAGCAGGAGGCCCUGAGGUUGUUUGCAGCUACCACUCCUACCAGCAAAAGCAGAGUCACAGAAACGAUAAUGAGAACUGGAAGGAAUGAAUGUUAGCAGCAGCUAAAUGGCCUUUUAAGGCAUUUCAACCUGUGUGUUCAAUUUGUGCCUCUCAAAAUGGCCAGCCAGAUGAAUGCCCAGACAAAGAUGGAUCUAAUAAAGGGUCUCAAGGGUUAACUGAUCCUCCAAUCUAGAGUUCAGUUACUGUCAGCAAGGUGCCACUUUAUAGUAUUUGAGGGUAACAGGUAGUUUGCAACCAGGAUGUUAGGUAAGGAAAAGGUUGUAGCAUGUAGGAAAUGGAUAGAGGUCAGAAAGUUAGUGGGAAGAUGCCUUUCUCCAAUUGAAAAUGUUUCUAGUUAGUAGUAAUGGAGCAGAAAGACUUGAACGAUGAAAUGAUAAUGGUAGAUUCGAUAACAUAGCAUAAAAUUGCAGACCUCUCUCUAUAUAGUGUAGCUGGUACUGCGUGUGCAAUGAUACCAGUUUGAAAAAAAAAAGUAGGAUAUGUUUGUGUUCUCAGACAUUACUCACUAUCCAGACUGAAGGCUUCAACUCCCAUAAAGGUACCACAUGGGUCUACUGGAUUACCUGAAUGUAAGCCUACGUCAGAAAGGCACUGUGUGUUUGACAGGCCUGGGCAAACUGGAAUCUUAAGGCCCAUUUCAGUCUCAUUUCCGUGAGCACAUAGCCCCUGGCUUUCUUGGAGGUGCAUUGGUGUGAGUCAGUGGCAGGUUUCAGCCUAUGAUGUCAAAUGAUCCACAGCUGCAAAACUUUAGUCUGCACACAUACCUGGAGCAAGCCCUGUUCUCACUCCUACCCUGUAACUGGAGCUGAAAGCAGAAUUUGGCCCACUGUGUCCCAAAUCUUAGACGACAUGAGGAAAUGGAAUAGAGUUCUUCCGGGGAUCCCCUGGAAGCUGGAGAUAACCCCAUAAAUAACUGGUAUCUGGGGCAAGGAGUUAUUUCACUGGCAGAUUCUUCAUUUGGUGUAUCAUGGUACUUAAGUCUGCUGGUUCCUCCUAAAAAUCAGCUGGGCUACCUAGCAUAAAGAGAGCGAGUGUGAGUUUCCUAAAUCAGUGAAACUGCCUCUGUGGAGAACCUUUACUAAUUGUGAAACACUGGACCAAAUUUGGCCCCGGAGUAAAUGGCAUCAAUACCGUGAAAUCUAUGAGAGAUGUACUCUCACGCAGUCAAUUGGACUUUGGCUCAGGAAGGGCAACUGCAGGUCAUUUCUUUACAGGUGUGUACCUCUCUGUAUGAUACUCAGAUGUCCUAUCUUCUCACAGGCCCUGCAUGUGCUCUUUUAGCCCAUCCCAUAUCAACACCCCAUUUUGCAGUGUAUUGAGUUAACAAGUUUGCUGUGGUGCAUUUUAAAACAACUGGAUGUAAUCUCCAUGGCCUGUCUGAAACAAGGAUGGAUGUGCUUUGCAGCCACGGCGUUUAACUGGUGGCCCGGAGCAUCAGAGCCAGAUUCUCAGCUGGUAUAAAUCAGCGCUGUCCUGCUGAUGUGAUGGAGCAUCACUUUGGCAGGGUUAUGCUGAUUGACACCUUCCCUGCAGAUCUGGUGCUAAACCUUGAAUGCAUUUAGAGAGGUUUCAGGACAAAGGGAAGGGAACUCAGCCUGCUGUGGCCGGGAAGUGAGGAGCACCUGAAGGCUCCUAUCUCCCGAGGCUUUUGCCCAGGCCUGCUUCCUUGUGUACAAAUGUGAAUGAGUGAGUGACUGCUUGCUGCCAAACUGGAAAUGUUACGUAGGGAUUUACUGGCAUGUUACUGGCAUGUUACAUGUUUACUGGCAUGUUAUCAUUCCUAGAAGAGAAGAAAAAAAAACCAACAAACUUGACUGCACAUUGUUAUUAUUAGUGUUGUGAUUUUUAUUUAAUUUUUUUGUAAUACAAAGUUGACUUUUUUAUUUGAAUUUGUCUCUUUUUUUUUUUUAUUUAUUGGUCUGAAAGCCAUUUCAAAGGUAUAAUAAUAUAUUUGGUGUAAUUUAAUUGGUGCAACAUUAUUUUACAGCUCCGGCCAAAAUUGUUUGGUGUUAUUUUUUUUUGGUUUUUUUGUUUUUUUUUUUUUUUCUCCCAAUCCUUGGUUGUUUUGAGCUCUACGAGGCACACAGGGGAAAACGCUGGAUAAUCACCCGAAGUGUUUGUAUUUUUAAUCUGAUACUGUUUUUUAUUAAAUAAAAGGAAAUUAAUGUAACUGUGAA